GGAGUAUUCAUCUUCAACUUCGGCAUUUCUGGACUACUCCUUACGUCCAACAAGGCAAAACUCGAGCUGUGAUUGGAUAUAUGAAUCACAUCACAGGACGCUCGUUGAUUGUGUCUAACUCUUGGUUUAAAGAAGAAUAAAAUUAGGACUACCAGAAUGAGUCGCACCCUAGAGCCCACGCUCCUAUCUCUACUACCAACCUAUUCUAAAGACCUACCACAACCUCUACUCGAGCUCGCCUCCUCCCUGCUCGCACAAUCGCGCCACAGCGCCGGAACUCUCAAGGCCGAAGAGGAAGUAGCUCGCGCCUAUGCAUGCGCCCACAUCGCCUGCGAACGUCUAAAGAUCACCCUUGAUCUUCCACCGAUCCAACCAAGACCUCCUGUACCGCCGCGAAUCUAUAAAAAACUAUACAACCAUCUAGACAAUGUUUUACCGGCGCAUGCCGUGGGACGAGCGGGGAGAGUACGAACGCCUAGCUCGAAAGCGCGUGAUGCUGGUAUAUUCGGCAGCGGUCAGCGCGUUCCCCAGCGAGGGACACCGAGUAAGGAGGAAUCGCUAGCGAAGUUCAGAUCCCCGGCCACGGCUACGGUUAGGGGGGAUAACACCCCGACGCGGUCUGCGAAAAAGCCACCCCCACUUCCAUCGAAGAAGAAAGCGGGGGGUGCUGCAACUACGUUGCCCGCCUGGGUUCGUCCUACUAUUCAGUUAAUCUGCAAGGAGUUGGACGAGGAACGUAUUGGGAGAACCGUGUUGGCUGGUAUGCAGACGAUUGCCGCGCCGCAUGGGAAGCGGGCGAAGGAUGAGUGGGUUAAUGAGAACUUGACGCCGUUGCUCGCGGCUAUUUACUUCCUCGUUUCUUCACAAUUAUAUGUGUUAGAGCAGGGGAAGGAAUUGGACGAUCCGCAAUAUAUACGGAUGCGAAAAGCGAUUCUAGGGGCUUUGGGGAAAGCGCAGGAAAAUGUCAACGUAGUGGGUAUGGAUGAGGAUGAGCUCUGGAUUGGUUGGGCGGAUGUUAAAUCAAGGGAUGUCGACAAUGCCGUUGCUAAGAUAGUGGAGAACGGUUGGCAGAGAGAUGAGUGGUUUGCCGGUAUCGAGCAAUUGGUGAAGACAAAUGAUGCGGAGGUGGAUGAAGAGGAUGGCGAAGUGGAUGGUGACGAGCGACCGUUUGGCGAAAAACUACAUGUGCAGAGAGGCGACACUAUGCUGCAAAGCAAGUGGGAUAUGACGGAUCAAAAGAGAGAAGAACUUCGCAAGUGGAAAGAGGAGAAGCUGCGCCAAAUCGAAGAGAUCGAACAAUCUCGGGAAUCUGAGAUGGAUGUCGAUGAUUCCACAUAAGCGAACCUACAGGAUUGUAUACAUAAGUGCGACAAAGAAGAGAUACCAACUAUACCAACUACUUUAAACAAUUAUAGCCGAAAGAACAAUAUCCAGGUGGAAUAAUUCGAUAUGUUUUACAUAAUUCCCUGAUAACCACCGAACUAAGGUACACCGUUGACAAUCUCAGCAGAAUGGCAUAACAUCACUCAAGUUCCUUUCCUCGUGGCAUCGCCCUGUCCCAUUGUAUCCUGGACCUUCCCGCCCACGGAUCCCUUAUCCGUAAACUGGCGACCGAUCACGCCUUCUUUCGAGAAGGGGCCGCCGACUUUCUGUGCCGUACCACCAAUAUUCCCCUCGGACUACAUAAGUGGUAUAUGUUAGCAGAAUAUCCACUGUCCCCUAUCACGGAUCUCAACAUACCGAGAAUUGAUGCCCAACCGACCCC